AUUUCUUCGAAACUGUGUAAAUUAAAUUCGCUCAAACAGGAAAAUAAGCCGCGGAUUUAAACAGUCAUAAAAAGAUACUAAUACCUUUUGUAUCUCGAAAAAGGUUGCAUAAAUAUGUCGAGAUUAUUAACUCCACCGCAUAUGGUCGGACGAAUCCAUUCAGUCUAUUGCAAAGAUUUUGUGUCAUAUAACGAAAUUACGUUUUACCCGAAAGAAUACCUAAAUGUCUUAACGGGACCAAAUGGAACCGGAAAGUCGACAAUUGUAUCUGCAAUCAUAUUGGGCUUGGGAGGCGACCCACAGCUGUUGGAUCGCUCCUCUAGCAUUUCUGAUUACAUCAAAAGCAAUAAGAACUCUGCUACAAUCACAAUUACUAUUUAUGGACGCGAAAAUGACUGCAAAGAAGCUUUUAAGCGCAUAAUAAACAACACUGGAGAAUCUCGCUUUUUUGUGAAUUCUAAGGAUAUGUCCAAGACAAAAUUUCUGAAAAUUAUUGCUUCUUAUAAUAUUCAAGUCAGUAAUUUGUGCCAGUUUUUACCACAGGAUCGUGUACAGGAUUUUUCAAAAAUGAAUCCACAAGAACUGUUAGUCAAUACAAUGUCUUCUGUGUGUGACCAAGAGUUAAUACAGAACUUCAACGAUCUAAAAGAAAUGCGAGUAAAAUUACUAAGGGCUAAUGCUGACCGCACAGAAGAAAAGAAUAGCCUUCAGAAAGAACAAAAACGCCUGGAACAACUUCAGGUUACAGUGGAUCAAUAUCAAGAACGUCAGGAAAUAUUACAAAAGCUGAACAUCUAUAGGGCGAGUAAAUUAUGGACUGAAGUUACUGUGGGAAAAACAAAGAUCACGCAUUUUAAAGAUCAGUUGGAUAAAGCUGAAGUAAAUUGCAAAACUCAUAAAAAAAUGUAUGAGUUGCAAAAGCGAGCACAGCAACAAAUUUCACAAAAAACUUCUGAUCUUAGAAAUAAGACUCUGGAGCAAGUCCAGCUAAUAACCCAAACUAAUUCAACUAAAAGAGGAUUGGAGUCGCAGUUGGAAAACAUUAAACAUAAUAUUAACGAGAGUAAAUGCGAUUUGGAGAGAAAUGUGCAGCAGGCAACUAAAAGUAAAAAUGAAGUGAAUCAAAUAAUGCAGUUAGUGGAAACUAAAAAGCAUGAGUUGCAUGAAUUUAAUAAGCACAAGUUAGAUAUUUUAAAGGAUUUGGACGGGCAUAAGAACAAAAUAAACAAGACUCGUGAGACGACGAUGAGUCAGUACAAUAAGCGCAGAGAACUUGAAACAAUGCUUAACGAUGAGAAAAUUCCUGAAAUCACUGCUCUCUGUCAUAAGAUUGAAAGAUUGCAAAAUGUCAAAACACAAAAAAUCGAACAAUUACGAAACCAAAAUCCCAACUUGGUCAGAGCUAUGAGUUGGGUGGCUGAAAAUAAGCAUAAAUAUAGGAGUAAUAUUUAUGACCCCAUGAUAUUUGAACUGAGCAUAAAAAGUGAGGAAGGAGCUAUGUAUUUAGAAAACGUUGUCAGGCAGCGCGACUUGUACGCUUUCGCAUGCGAGGACAAAAAUGAUAUGUCUGAACUCAUUAACGAAUUAUGUGUGAAGCAAAGACUAUCUGUUAAUGUUCUGUAUUGUGCACCAGCAGACAGAUGCUUGUAUACUUCUGUUGUGCCAAUUUCAGAAAUCACAUCUAUGGGAUUCAGUUCGUAUCUUGUGGAUCUGGUCUCCGGGCCGAUUCCAAUAAUAAACAAACUUUGUGGAACCUACCAAAUUCAUAAUAUUCCUAUUGGCAAAGAUGAGGUUGGUAAUUAUACUUCAAACAUUCCAAAAUCAAUUCGGUUAUUUUUUGGAGGCACUAAAAAGUUUUUAGUGACGACAUCUCGAUAUCGUUCUGAUUUCAUACUAACCGAAAGCACGAUUCGAAGAAAGUUUCAACUCAUUAGUCUUGACUCAAAACAGUUAAAAUCACUUAAAGAUCGACAUGCCAAAUCUGUGUAUGAAAAGGAUCAAAUUAGAAACAAUUUAGUUGAGGUCGAUAAUGAAUUUGAUCGUUUGCAAAUAGUCCUUCGGGAAGAAGGAGAGAAAAAAAGAAAAAUUGAACAAAAACUGGCACAUUAUGGAAAUCUGGAGAGCGAAGUAAGAAAGCUACUUGAAAAAGUAGACACCAUUAACAAGUCGUUCUCAUCGUUGAAUACCUUACAAGAAACUUUUCAAAAACGUGUUCUGUCAGAUCUCAAGAAAAUAUUUGACAUUGAAUGUCAGUUAAUAAAAAUUCUAGAGUCUACAGAUAAAUUGCUAACAAAUAAGAAGUUAAACCAAGUAAAGGAGCAUGUCCAUAAACAGCAACAUGAGUCUCAAAUAAAUACUCUUGCUGAGUGUGAAGAACAAUUUAAAAACUCUACUGACAUUGUCGAGAAAUUGGAGAAAUCUAUGAAAUUGCAAGUACAAGAUAUUCAAACAAAAACUUCAGAAGUUCAACGUCUGUGUAACGGCCAACUUCCUGGCAAUACGGAUUUUUCAUUCAAAUCUGAAUUUGACGAAUUAUCAAGGUUGAACUUGGAACAAAUACGUGAAGCCAUAGUCGAGUUUCAAGCAAGAUUGGAGUGCAUGAAAGAUGUGAACUCAGAGGCAAUCACCGAUUUUCAUCAACGUCAAGAGCAGGUUGAAGAGUUGAAGAAAUUGAUCGAACAUAAAGCCAAGCAAGAGAAAAACGUUGAAUCCGAGAUAUCAAGCUUAUUUAACAAUUGGGAACCAAGACUAACAAACCUAAUUGAAACAAUAAGCACAAAGUUCGGCGAUUUUAUGGAAUCUAUAUCAUAUAUAGGAGAAGUGGUCCUGUCAAGAAAAGAUAUACAUGAUUUUAACUCUUAUGGCAUUCAAAUAAUGGUUCAGUACAGAAAGGAUGCCAAAUUACAAACUCUUGACAAGUAUAUACAAUCCGGUGGAGAACGUGCCGUCGCCAUUGCCAUAUAUUCAUUGUCUUUGCAGCACGUUACAAAUGUACCAUUCAGAUGCGUUGAUGAAAUUAAUCAAGGAAUGGAUGCUACAAACGAACGCAACAUUUUUGAGCUGCUAUUAAAGGAAGCUACUAAAGAGGGUUCUGCACAAUAUCUAUUUGUGACACCUAAGUUGCUUCGUGAUUUGAACUACAAUAAGCAUUUGUGUGUUUCGGUGGUACAUAACUCUGGGUCUAUGAAAUCUGAUGCGAAAUUCCCACUUUGCUAAAUAUUUAAAGAUUAAGUCCUAACUUUAUGUAAAACAAAAA